AUGCCUGCUGGUCAUUUCCGGAAAAUUGCAAUGAUCGAACCUGCGAUGGAAUUAUCCGAUGGAGACAUAAAGGAAAUUCUAUACUUUUUGAAUGGCAGCAUUUUGGCAAAAGAAAACCUUGGCCAACCCAGUCAAGGAAGAUAUUCAUCAAUUGGCUUCUCCAAUGAUGCAUACAUGGGUGACGAUACAGUACUGGAAUGUGUUUUUGAUCCACAAGGUCAUGGAUCAGUAUUUAUCUCGUACAACGGGGCGUCGUCCAAUCGUCAGCUUUUAGAAGCAUCGAAGAUAGUCUUAAAGAAUAAAAAGGCUGCUAUACAAGAUGGCAAAAUGGUGUGCAGUGUCGAAUUUUUGCCAAGAGAAGUUCAGAAAGUUCCAGCAUCUGAGAGAAAGAAGAUCCAUGACCUUAACAGUAAAGGAUAUAUGAUACAGUAUGCUAAAGGACUUGCUGAUCCUCAUACUUUGGAAAAGCAAAGUCAUGGAAUGGUUGAAGGUGACGAGUUUUAUCCGUGGUCGACUACGAGGAGAGUCCGCUUUUGCGAAAACUGUAGUGACAAAUUAACAAUUGUUACGGAGAUGCAGCAGUAG